AUGAGCGAGAAGAAGUUUGAAAUCGCACUGGAAAAACAGCUGGAGCUAUUCAGAACAGCAGGCGAGUGGUCUGAUUUAGUGGCAUAUCUUACGGGGCUCGAGGGAAUAUUGAAAAUAAACAAGUACUCGCGAAUACCAAAGCCGUACCUUCUCUACAAAAGACUGAACCAAUGUCUAAACCCAGCGCUCCCUGCGGGCGUGCACAUGAAGGCUCUUGGGGUGUACAAAAUUGUCAUAUCAAAAAUAUCAAGUGAAAAUCUUUUAAAUGAAAUCGACGUUUUGUCGCUGGGCCUCUUUACGUUCUAUUCGCACUCCAACCUGACAAGCAUUCCGAACUACAUGGAGGUGGUCAAGAAGAUAAUAGAAACCCUCGGCGACAAAACAAUAAAAAUAUGCAAAAAGCUUAUCUUUGGGAUAAUAAUGGGCCUCGAGGAGGAGAACAGCGAGCAGUACAUCAUGACACAGCAGAUACUGAACAUUCUUGAGCUGCGGCUGGGCAGGGGCGUGAUUCUGAAGAAUGUCUGGGAAGUAAUGGGGCAGUGCACUGACCUCGUGCCCGGGUGCCUUGUGUACAUUCUGAAGGCAGAGGGAGGCUGCAGGGCAAUGGAGGGCGAAGAGUGUCUCCUGAGCCGAGGAUUUGUGUCGGCCCUGAAGGCAAAAGAGAUAGUCACCAUACGAAAGAGCUUUGAUCUUUUCUAUUCGUACAAAGUAGAAGGGCUAGAUCUAAAGAACAACGAGAUAGAUGUAGCAGUGGCAAUUUUAAACCUAUUUCUAGUUAAGGAAAUAUCGUUAGUAAAAAGAAUACAGAUGUGGAUUACAGAGAUGAUGAAAAAAGAAACAGGAGUGGAUGAAAUAUACACAGCGCUGUGCAGGAUAUUCCACGGCUCGCCAUCUGCGUACUUUAAAAUACUGAUGGCCAUCCGGCAGAACAUAGAAGAAGCAUCCGCCAUCUUAAAAAGGUCUUUGGUUUGGACAAUCUCGAUAAUAGACACAAGGAACAGCGCGGAUAUAACAGCGUUCUUCAAAGUCCUCGAUAAAAGAAUUGUGUGGGAGGUAUUUUCAGAAGAUCUAUUGGACACUGGGCUCAUAGACAAGGCCAUAUCGCACUCUCUGCUAGAUGAGCACAGCCAAGCGCACGAGCUGCCUCUGAUUGCAGCCAAGUGCAUCGAAGCAGAAAUAUAUCCGUACCAUUGGGCAGAGCUCCUAAGCCCUUCACCCGAUGCGUAUAGAUCGAUAUGGGAGGCAGUUGAAAAGAAGAUUAGCGCGCCAUCUGACGAUGCACUCCUGCUAAUUGACUUUUUCUUGUCGAUUAAUAUAAGCGAAGAAUCCUUGGAAAUGUACAAAAAAUCAGUUGAAGUGAUCAUGGCAACAUUCAUGAAGUACUGGGAGCAAAUUGCACACAGUAAAGCUGUUCACUACAUGAUCAUUAAGUCGCUGCGAAGAAUAACUGUAGAGUAUAAAAUGUCCCAUGAAGAGUGCGCUGCUUUAUACGACAGUGCAGUGGUGUGUCCCGAGGUGUUCUGGCUGUACGACUCAUGGACAGCGGGCAAUCUGCAGAAAAUACUGAUAAAUCGCAUUGUGUACAAUGACAGCACAGUAAGGCAUGUUUUAGAAGAAGCAGAAGAGCUGAGACUGGCAUUCUAUUUGGUUGAAAAUUGUGAAAAUGCAAAACUAGAUAGCAACUUCAUCUGUUUUCUGAUCUCGUUCUGCGAGUCACACAGUUACAUGGUUAGACAGAAGGCACAGUCUUUCUGCAGACGCAUAAGAGCACAUGCUGGCAUACUUACCAACAUAUACGCGCAUCUGAACAACCCAAUAGAAAGAGAAAUUAAAGAAAAAGUUAUUCUACUGGAGUGCGAUUACCACAGAAUUCUAUUUGGGCUGCAGAUAUUGGCUAGCAUGGUCAAGUACUCCGACAGUUUCCAGUACUACCUGAAAAAUGAAGAAACCUUCCCAGAAGAAAGUGAUGUGUUCAAUGUCACAGACUUAUCCGAGCAGUUUGUUGGAGUUUCAGAAGCGUCUCGGCCUGGCAUGGGGGUUUUCUUUCUUGUUCUGAUGUAUGCAACAAGUGAGCAUGCAGAGGUUCGUGGAAAGGAGCAGAAGUACAUCCAGGAAAUAGAGGAAAUGUCUGUAAAAAUAUUGAAGUAUUUUUUCUGUUUUGUGAACUUCCUCAGACAGCCCAUUACAUUCAGGGAGGACUUUGUGUGCAAACUGCUGCAGAGAUCAAAAACAGAGCAGGCCAUCACCAGCACGAUGACCAUCGCAGCAAUGGCAGGGCUAGAUGCGUACUACGACUGCAUCAGCGAGAUAUACAGGGAGACUGAGGAGAUAAGAUAUCCGCUGAUAAAAUAUUGCAUAUCUAAAAACCAAAUCAAUUUGCUUUUGAUUUUAGUGAAAGCCAUUUGCGAUCUGGUGGCAGAAGAUGAACAGAAUGAAAUGCACCAGCUGGAGUACAUCCUGCAGCACUCUUUCAACCUGAAAGGAUACAGAAGUAUAUGCAAAAGAGGCCAUGGGCACAUGGAUGAACAGAAAAUAGCAGCAGGACAGCCAGCAAAGUUAUUCAAUGUGCUGGAUAAAAGCAGAGAGGCAGAUGGCUCGCAUUGGAGGCAAAAACAGGACAAUAAAUGCUCAUGCGGUCUGGAGAACAUGAAAGUGGAGAACGAAGGGGCAGUUACACUUUUGAUAAGCUAUCUGCUAGACUUAUUCACACAUAUAAAUGAGCAAACAAAUAAAAAAGCCAACCGAGCAGUGGGGAUGCUGCAGAAAGACAGCCAGAACCUGAAAACCCUCAGGAAGUACUUCACAAGUAUUCAGAAACUGUUCACUCAGCUGCUAUCAGAGGGGCUGAUAGGCAAAUACUCCGAAUGCAGUAAUAUUUCAUUCAUAAACGCAAUUGACGGUAAAAUAGAAUCAGAAGUGUUCGCAUCGGUCGUGAGAGUGACCUCUACCCUCUCGCAAGACAAGUACAAAAUGCUCAAAAGAUGGAUUGAGGUCUCUCCCAACCGAUCUGUCUUUGAAUCAGCGCAUAUAUUCGGAGCCAUUUCAAUGAUUAUUGUGCAGGCAAAAACAAAGCCAAAAGACACAGACCUGCUUUGGUUCUUCACUGUGUUCUUUAAAAAGGUGUUCUCCCAGGAGGGGAUAGACCUGAGCGUAAAAGCUCUUGAUGCAUGUGUUAUAUUUGGAUUCAGGCUGGGAACAAAAAAGAUUUUGGACAUAGCAGAAAUAAAUGAAAAAUGCCAGGAGCUCUCUGAGCUGCUGAGAAUAGUCAAAUCCAUCAUAUCAUCCGCGAUAAAAAAGAACUAUCUGCUGGACCUAUCAUCCGUGUGGAGUUCUCUUGUCUUUCCGUGCUUUAAGCUGCCGCCCGACCAUGCGUUGUACAAAAACGCGUUGGAAACAGCAAAAGAGCUCGUGCAGAUGCCAGAGAACAAUAGGCAAUGGAAGAAAGACUUCUACGAAUACUUGCUGAGCGACAGAUUCUUCAAAGACAAUGCACAGAACAUCAGAUACAAGAUAGAGAUAGGCUCAUUUUUGGUUGACUCUGACAGGAUUCUUGAUCUGAUAUCCAGAGCCAAUACCACUGCAGGAUUCUUCGUUAGAGAGUCGGACAUUCUACUAAAGGCCUCGCUGAUCAAGAGACUUAGGUACAUGAUACUCUGUGCGCCAUUUGCAGAGUAUGUGCAGAAUGCGCCCGGUAUAUUCAGUCUUAUCUCGGAGAUAUUUUCAAGCUCAUCAAAUACCUCCGUAUGUCUACUAAGCGAGGCAUACGCACUGUGCCGAGCUCUCUGCAUUAAAAUGCCUGUCAACACGCUGAUCAACAUGUGGCCGAUCACCAUCAGUGAGGCAAUAAGCGCGCUGUCAAGUGGCCUGAACACGAACGAUGAAAUAUCCGUUGCAUACGCAGCCUUGCAGUUUCUGGAUUUAGUUGCAUCCCUGAACUACCCAGAGACAAUCGAGUUUAGAUGGCUGGUGGAGGGGCUGUCAGAGCUGAAAGGCCCUCGAAUACACCUGCUAGAGCACCCGCCACUAAAAGACGAAAGAUCAUCAGAGCAUGAGAGUGGCCUGCGAGAUGGAAUAUCGUACAGAGUUCCGUGCCGUGUCAAACUAGCCGAGAAAAGCAAACAAGCCAUUACAAAGGCCAUAUCAAAGGUAAGCGAGCACCACAAAAACCAGAAACACUGCACAGAGAUAGACAGCGCUGUGUUCUUUGACUCCCUAGCAGAUGAUUUUCCUGAAAUAUAA